UUUAGACGGCAGUCAUUGUUUAAAAUGGUUUGGAAUGAUGACAUUAUGUUCGCAGAAGAGUAUCCUACAAACUUUGGACAUUUUACUUGUCUAACUUUUAAUCAGAGCAUCUCUCUCAUUGUCGUGUUCAUGCUCUACUUCGAUCGGGUACACAUCCCGAUACCUAGCCUGGACUGUAAGCCUACUGGCGCCAAGAAUCGAACACGGACAGUUUCUCGUUUACCUCUCUUCCAGAUGUUCCCGAUUAUGUUAAGCAUAAUUAUCACCUGGGGUGUAUGUGCAAUCCUGACACGUGUUGGCUAUUUCUCGGAGGACCCGAUGGAGAUGUCGUACAGAGCAAGGACAGAUAUCAGGACUAACAUAAUCUUUUCAACUCCUUGGUUCUACUUUCCCUAUCCAGGCCAAUUCGGAAAGCCGCUGUUCAAUACGACAAUAUUCAUAGGUUUUCUUGCCACGGUCGUUUCCUCUAUAUUCGAGAGCAUCGGUGACUACCAUGCGGUCGCACAGCUUUCUUUGGUCCCUCCGCCCCCUAAAAGUGCCGUGAACAGGGGAAUUCUCAUUGAAGGUAUUGGCAGUGUCAUUUCCGGCGCACUUGGUGCCGGGCACGCCACUACCUCUUCUACAGCGAAUUUAGCCUUGAUUGGAAUCACUAAGGUAGCCAGUAGAUCUUGCCUGGUGGCCACAGGGGUUAUUUCCAUGGGCUUGUCCGUGAUUGGAAAGUUAGGGGCUGUGCUGUCAACAAUGCCGGACCCUGCAUUGGGAGGAGCCAUGUUCGUUUCAUUUGGUAUCAUGGUGGCGAUUGGUUGUUUUUCAUUACGAUCAGUCGAUAUGAGGUCAUAUAGAAAUAUGGCCGUGUUCGGGAUCUCCCUGUACGUUGGCCUCGUAAUUCCAGAUUGGCUAGACCGAAAUCCUAAGGGUUUUGACAUAGGAAGUGAAACAGCUAAUCAGAUUGUGAAGGGAAUUCUUGGAUCGCCAAUGUUCCUGGGUGGAUUUGUUUCGAUUAUUUUAGAUAACACAGUCAAAGGAAGCGAGGAGGAAAGAGGAAUGCAUAGCAGAAGAAAGACAUACGUAGAUUUCCACAAUGCCAAGGUCACGGUCACUCAGUCCGAGGUGUACGACUUACCGGGCGUAGACAAAUUAGCCGAAAAAUUCAGCUGGAUAUAUCGCCUGCCAUUUAUACAAAAUCAACGCUGAACUUGUUUGAUGUUUGAUACUAAGCUUAUAAUUUCUAACACAUAUAUAGGUAUUUUAUAUUUAGAAAUAUCCCAAUAAACGUAGAACUCAUCAACUCAAAUGAUUGUAACUAUUCUGAAGACUAAAUGCAAUUCAUUUAUUACUCUUUAGAAAAUUUUAUUCAAACUGUAUAUCUGUAAUUACUCAAGAUACUUAAAAAGAAUACAACAAUUCAUGUGGGUGCAUUUCGUGUUUUAAAAGAUAUCAACAUUAAACGUUGAGUGUACUAGUUUGAUUAAUAUUUAAAUGCACGUGUUUGUUGCCUUUUUUCACAA